AUGGUGCGCAAUUGGAAGGUGAUUUCGUACUGUAUGAUCAUGACCUGCGCGGUGGUCGCCAUGGCGUGCGGUAACGUCCUCGCUGACACGCUCGGUCUGCUCAUUCUGUGUGUGAUUGUGUCCACCGUGUGCUGCGCGGCGUCCUUCUGGGCCCUGCCCCUCGUCAUCGCCAAGGCGAACGUGUUCGGUUACCUGCAGAUGGUCUGCUACUUGCAGCUGCCUGGCGCGCUCGACAGCUUCUAUCUCGCCGAGGAGGACUGCCUUCCUGGUGGACCGCACUUCUCCUACACCUUCUACAACACGGUCAGUGCGGUCAUUGGCAACAUCGGCGGUCUCUUCGGUGUGACGGUCUUCAACUACAUCUUCUCUAAGCACAGCUACCGCCUCACCGUGAACAUAACCACUGUGAUUCAAAUUCUGGGCUCGAUCUUUGACAUCAUCAUGACGAAGCGCAGGAACAUUCACAUCGGCAUCCCGGACCACGCCAUGUACAUCUGCGGCGAUGCCGUCGUGUACCAGGUGUGCUUCUACCUCGCCUGGAUGCCGGUGGUGAUCUUACUCUCCCGCCUGUGCCCGCGCGGGUCGGAGAGUAUGGUGUACGCGCUCAUGGCAGGCUUCGCGAAUCUCGGCGAGACCACCGCGUCGUCCAUCGGUGCCAUCAUCAUGGAGUACGGCUGGGGUAUCGCGACGAAAGUGCCGUUCGACUUCACGAACGUGCCGUGGCUCGUCUUCGUUGGCCACGUCAUGUGUCCCAUUCUCAUUAUGCCGCUGUCCUUACUGCUGCCACAAGCGCGCAUCUGCGACGAUAUCAACGUGGACGGCGAGACGGUGCGUCGCGAAGUGCAGAACCUUGUGGAGGAUGAAGUGGAGAGCACUGAGAGCAAUGAUAACGCAGUCCGCAAGUAA